UAACUUUAACAGUCAGAAAAAAAUAUAUAUGUAUAUUCAGAUGACUGCAUAAAUGAGGCCUGAUCUUCCUAGCAUAUCACUUAGUAGGGCCAAGGUCAUAGAAAUAAUUUGUUAUGAUCUAUCUUAUGUAAAAGCCUAUGAGGUUACUUUGUUUUUUCUCACCCAAAAGAUGUCAGAAUGUGUUUUUUAAAGAACUUUUGAAUAACUUUUGUGUUAAUUUAGUGUUAACAUCGAAGACAGAUAAAUUUAAAUCUUGUUGUCAGCCAAAGAGUGAAUCAAGCUUAUGUGGGUACAAUGUAUAAUGCCACCACUCAAGGAAUUCUGCAGAGAAGAUAAUUGUCUAGAAAUUGGGUAAAGAAUUGUCAUCUUCCUUCUUUGGAAACUCUUGAUUUUAAAAAUAAUCGAGAGUAAAUAGGCUCGAAUGCAUCACCUCAAGCUGGUGCCACAUGGGCACCUAAAUUUCUUCUUGCUAAAUGCCACCAAAUGGCUGCAUUUCUUAUAGCUUGUGGCUAAAUUCUGAGAGGGUAGAUGCCUUCACCAUAACUAUAUUUUCUCUCUGAAGUUUUCAUGGUUUCUUGGGCUAAUUUAUAUUAGGUUAAAGCCAAAAAAGCUGAAGCUAGCCAAACUUAGUCCAGAGAGUUAGGCUUGCUGCCAAAUUAAAGAGAUAGGUCUCAGUAUUCUUCGUUGGUUUCUCAGUCUUACCUUUGUGACCGUAAGUGCUUGAUUUGAGCUGAGGUGACCCAGGUGGCUUUGUGUCCUCAAGCGCUAAUUCAAAGAAGGUCAUUUCAGCUGCUGAAUAUUCAAGGAGGUAUCCUGGUCCAGGGUUGCUUCAGCCCAUACUUCAAGGGAUGAUCCUCAGAUUUCUGCAGCUUCCUCUAAUCUCAUAAUUAUUGUCUUGGUCCUGCACAUAAUUAAAUGUAUAAUUAAAUGAUGGGAAUGAAAUAGAAGUAUGGCUGCCAACAGUGGUAAUCCCCCAAACAGGAUGACCAGUACUGUGCUGAUAAUAAUGUUACCACCCUGUUAGUGCUUCUGAAGAUAUGAUAUACUUGAAAAAAAAAUGUGGAUACUGAAAUUGUCCUUGACUUUUUUUAAAACCUGAGAAUCAUAUGAAACGUGUAAUUCCUUGUUAGUAAACAUCAUUAAGAGAAAUGGAUGUAGACUUGUAUAUCAUAUAAAUGGAUGUACUUUAUGCAUAUUAAGUUUUUGAAAAAAGACAGGAAUAGCAGAUCCUCUGCCCAGCAGGGUUCCGGCCAGACCUGGCAUUUCUUACUCCCUUUCUUUAAGUGUAAAACGCCAUCAGCUUUCAAGAGGCAGUGAAGGAUAGGUGUAGGCAUAAAACCACAACUUUAGGAGCUGCCUUCCCGGGAUCCAAAGUUCACUACACUCGCUCCUUAGUAGCUGUAUGACCUUUGGCAACUCCCUUGACGCUCUAGGCCUCCGAUUCCUCUGAUGUACCCUGCGAAAUGGGAGCCUGUCUGCCUUGUUGGGGUGUUGUGAACCUUAUAAUACAUGCGUGUCAAGAACUUACGGAAUUUUCGUGGCACAUAAUAUGUACCGUAUACGUGUUAGCCAUCAUUAAAUCUUAAUUUUAUGCAAACACUUUCUAAUGUCUAUCUUGUUAAAGGUAUACAUGCAAUACACAAAGCAAUGAAAACCAAAACGAAUGUGGCAGUUUUAGCAAAAUGUUUAAGACCUCCACUUCUGAACUGGACAACCUGGGUCUGUGUCAGUUGCGAGCUCUGUGACUUUUAAACGUGUGAUGGAACCUGACGGAACCUCAGUAUCCUCAUUUGCGAAAUGAGGCAGUAAUAAUAUAUGAUCUGUAGUUGCUGUGAAGAUUAAAUGGGAUCACACGUUUAAAGCACUAAGAACAAUGCCUGGCAACUUCGUGAGCAUUCAAUAAGUGUUAAUGAUUGUUCCUGUUAUUACUUUGAUGAUGAAGUGAACAUGAAAAGUAUUAAUAUACAAGAAACAUUAUAUACUAGGAUUCUGUGUAUGUAGGGUUUCCAUUUUGCUAAUGAGAAUUGGUAUUCUCUACUAUGCAGGGAACAAUGUUUCUGUGUUCUGGUAUUUAUAACUCUAUACGGUUAUGCUCUAAUAAGUAAAUAGUAUUUAUAUAAAUAGUAUUACACUUAUCCUUGGUUGAGCUAUUGAAAGUUUUUUUGAGCUAUUGAUAUUUUUAAAAGUCUCUAGAUACUGUCUAUAUCUAUAGGAUUUUAGCUGUGGAUCAAUCAGUUAAGUAAAGGAAAUGCUUUGUUAAUGAUGUUACCUGCCUGCCUCUGUUGCGCAGCCAUAUUCUAGCCACUCAUCAAGUUGAACAGUACUGGAAGUAAAACCAACUCAUCAAUAACAUCAAAAUGGGAAUAAAAUAUAAUAGCAAAGAAGUCAUUGUUUCUUCUGUAAAAUAAAGAUCAUAAGACCUGAUAUUUCCCCAUCUGUUGGGAGUGUUGUAAAGAUUAUGAAAACAGUGUUUGCAAAAAGUGACUCUAUGCCAGGAAGGCAGAUAGAGCAUUAGGAAAGAGGUGACCAGUAUUGCAUGAUGGCAUUUAUUUUAUAUGGUAACAUCCUUUCUUUCAUUAACAGGAAAUUUUAGGGCAAUCCACUUGCUUAUUAGAAGCGAGGAGGGCGAAUGAACUCCUAAAAGGAUUCGUCAAGGCUUCCUUAUAAUAAAGUAAACCUUUAAGAACAUGUUUUCCAUAGAAUUAGAAACUUAAAAUUUCCUAGUAAGAGUAUAUUUAUCACCUUGUUUGGGGAGCAGAUUUUAAGCGUGAUCACAGGAAAACACCUGUUUUGACACUUUGGGAAAGGUGCAAACAUACGGGCAAACUCUGUCUAGGUAUAGAGUAAACAAGAGUGCUUUGGCUAGCAUCCUGCAAGGAGUUGGGUCUAAACGGUCUGCUCCAGCUUCUGCUGCUGCCGCUGCUGCUAAUACUGCUGGGAAGGAAAAGGGGCUGACCUGGCACAUCCUUUACUCUUGGUGCUACAGCAGUCACUCAGGAAAUGUUGUUUAAAGGGAACCUUCUGGAUCCUUUUCAUGGCACCAUGGCAAGAAGAAGCUGUAUCUUAUCUAUUGAAGAUAAAGCAUGGAGUUGGCUAAUGGAUGCUGAACUAGAGCUCCAUAUCCCCCCCGCCAACCGUGUUUUUGGCUCUCUUAUGGGAUGCUAGAAUGGCCUGUCUCCAUGUAUUUCGUUGCAUUUCGCCAUUGCUUCUUGUGUUCUGUCGGGGAAUUUUGGUGAUUCUUUUCAAGCGCUACCUGAGCUCUGUGCUAGUUGUUCCAUUCCCCCAGGGUCUCGUGCUGUGUGGUCAUGUCUCCACUUGCUCCGCCCUGUCCAUUGACAGAGCCUGGGUUCCCUGAUGGCUGCCUCUAUACCCUUGUGAGGGCAGGAAUAUUCCUCCCCCUGCUGCUACGAUUGAGCCCAUGCUGGGUACCACGUUGCCCUCUACACUUGCUUUCAGUUGUUAAGGCUUCCCAAGCUUUGGCUGUGGCUCAGUGAUCCUGCUGUCAAAACCCUGAAGCUUUUCUGGCCUCGACACUCAGUGGUAGCAGCAGGUGUUGGGAUUUCUCCAAGCCCCUAAGACCCUGGGAGCACGAGAAUGGCCGUUUGACAUAGACCUCAGGACUUUUCAAAGCACCAAGAAACAUCUGCGGAAGACGUGUAAAGGGUCGUUGCUCCAGGGAGAACUGCAAAUAUCUUCAUCCACCCCCACACUUAAAAACACAGUUGGAGAUAAAUGGGCGCAAUAACUUGAUUCAGCAGAAGAACAUGGCCAUGUUGGCCCAGCAAAUGCAACUAGCCAAUGCCAUGAUGCCCGGUGCCCCAUUACAACCCGUGAACUUAAUGCACCAAUCAUUCCAAAAAAGAGGGGGGGAUUGCAUUUCGAGGUGGGAGGGAUCUCCAUAUCACAUCGGCAGUGAUACCAAUUAUCAGUACUAUACAGUUGAGCCAAUGUUUUCAGUUGCACCAAGCUUAGCCACCAAUGCAUCAGCAGCCUUUAAUCCCUACCUGGGACCUGUGUCCCCGAGCCUGGUUCCAGCAGAGAUCUUGCCGACCGCACCAAUGCUGGUUACAGGGAAUCCUGGGGUCCCUGUACCUGCGGCUGCUGCAGCUGCUGCACAGAAAUUAAUGCGGACAGACAGACUUGAGGUAUGUCGAGAGUACCAGCGAGGCAAUUGCAACAGAGGAGAAAACGACUGUCGGUUUGCUCAUCCUGCUGACAGCACAAUGAUUGACACCAAUGACAACACAGUCACCGUGUGCAUGGAUUACAUCAAAGGGAGAUGCUCACGGGAAAAGUGCAAAUACUUUCACCCUCCCGCACAUCUGCAAGCCAAGAUCAAGGCUGCCCAGUACCAGGUCAACCAGGCUGCAGCUGCUCAGGCUGCGGCCACUGCAGCCGCCAUGACUCAGUCGGCUGUCAAAUCACUGAAGCGACCCCUCGAGGCAACCUUUGACCUGGGAAUUCCUCAAGCUGUACUUCCCCCAUUACCAAAGAGGCCUGCUCUUGAAAAAACCAACGGUGCCACCGCAGUCUUUAACACUGGUAUUUUCCAAUACCAACAGGCUCUAGCCAACAUGCAGUUGCAACAACAUACAGCAUUUCUCCCACCAGGCUCAAUAUUGUGCAUGACACCCGCUACAAGUGUUGUUCCCAUGGUGCACGGUGCUACGCCAGCCACUGUGUCCGCAGCAACAACAUCUGCCACAAGUGUUCCCUUCGCUGCAACAGCCACAGCCAACCAGAUACCCAUAAUAUCUGCCGAACAUCUGACUAGCCACAAGUAUGUAACCCAGAUGUAGAAUUUUCAUCACUAAACAAUCAUACUAAAGAGGAAAGGACAGUGUGCUUGGUUAGAGUAAAGGACGAGGUCAUUAGCCAUAUUGUAUAUACCGUCAAGCAACACACACAAAAACCCCUCAGCCACAAGACAUCCACAUAUUGCAUGUUAACCAGAAGAAGAGACACCAUGGAAAUCCACUGCACACUGUUGCCUAUACACUUUGUACAUUUAAUUGAUAUUUGUGCUGAGGUGAUAUUCCUGUCUAAAAGAACAACAUCAUCUUUCUUUUCUAGCACAGUUAUGCAUUAAAAUAUGCAUACCUAAUUAGUUUCCUAUAUAUUCAUGCCAUCUUGAAAAGACAGACUGUGGUGUAACCAUGAUUCUAUUAUGUAUUGGUACGUCUGUAGACCAAGAUAUAAUUUUUUAAAAAUAAGUUUAUUUCUUUCAAGGUUUACAAAUAACAAAGGUGCACCUUGUAUUUAAAAUUGCCAUUAUAGAUGAGAGCGUGCAUGCACAGUCAUUUUUGUUUGAGAGUAAUAUUUUUAAUGUAAUAGAUUUUAAGAUGCGGUGAGGGAGGGAUCUGACAGAGAUGAAUGUGCCAAGCAAAACCACAACUGUGUAUCUUUUAAAGCACAUCAUGGCUUUAAGUACCAUGUUGUUAAGGAUUCUCAUGAAGUGCCAUAGACUGUAUAUCAAAUUAGAGUAUUAUUUCUUCAGUGUUAUUGUUUUCAGAGCCACAUUUUGUUGCUUAUCUGCUAGUACUAAUCAGUCAAAGGGCACCAUUCUUUUUUUUUUUUCUUUUCUUUUUUUUUGAAACCAAAGCUGUCUCAGAAAUGGCCAAUUUAACUCUGCAGUAACAAUAGACAGCACAACACAAACUCUCUCAAUACAGAUAAACUCACACAUACUGGAGAUAUAUAUAAUAGAUAUAUAUAUAAAAUUAUUUUAAUGCAUUGUAGUGUAAUAUUUCUGCAUACUAUACUGUAUAACAUGUUAUUCAAAAGGGAUAUGCCAUUUCUGAGACACGAUAACGAAAAAAAACGUUUGAGGAAAUUAUUUUGCUUCUAUUUAUAGCUCUGUCAAAAGUCAAAAGACUAUAAAUGCUUUGCAAAAAUGGUUUCACAUUUGCUUAAACGCUUCAUCACAGUCACAUUUAAAAUAGUGACUCUAAACAAAGAGGAAAGCAGCACUGUCAUCAGAUGCAUGAUAAACCAAAAUAUGAAAAUGGGAAAUGUUUAAUUAACCUAGUAAUUGGGUGGGUUAAGUACAUGGGUGAAUUUUAUAUGUGAUUUGUUUUGUUUUGUUUUGUUCUGAUUAACUGCUUAUAGCCUUAGAAAGCCUUUUACAAAAUUAAAAAAAAAAUAGAUGUGCAUUCAGUUUUUAAGAAUGGAUUCAUCCAAAGGAAUUCCUUUUUUUUGUGGUUUGGAUGUUGCAGCUAGUAAAGGAUAUUUUUGCUCUGUUCAGCAGUUCUAAAAAUUGCUGAAGUAGGGGCUAGGUCACUGGUAGUUAUAGUAUGGAAUGGGAGAAGUGAAAGUUCGGUUAUAGAACUUUCCAUACUUCCAAGUUUACUGCAAGUUUUUAUGCUUGAGAGAGAUGCUUUCUAAUAUAAGACUGAUGUGUUGAUUUUACUGAUUGUACUGUACAUCUAUUAAAGCCUUAGAUUAUUACAUUACGGGUUGGAACCCAUACCAAUGUAAUUUCAAUCAUGUUAAGAGAGUAAUGGUGACUUCACAUGUUAUUGUAGUUAGUUACAUUAUAGAAUAUUACUUAUUUUUCUUGUUAAAAUGUAGUUUUUCAUUUCCUACAUUUAUUAGAUUUCAUUUUCUAUUAACAAUGGAAUACCAUUUCAGUUUAUAGACUAUUGUUUUAUUAGAUUUUACCGAUGAAUUUUUCAAAAUACAAAAAAAUUAAAGUAGUUUUUCCUUCAUAACAUACUCAGUUUUGAAUUACAUGUAGUGUCAUACGAAUAUUCGUAUUAUUGUUAACUAAAUGAUUUAUAUUUUACUGAUUUAAUAUUAAAGUGUAAGAAUGUCAGUCAUUGUUAGUUCUUGUCUAGUUUUCAUUAAAAGAACAAAGAUCUUUUAUAUGGAUAUCUUAUAAAUAUAUAAUCAUUGCUAAGUAAGAAGUUAAGUUGUUGCUAUCGCAACAAUCCUGGCAGACAAUUGAGUAAUAUUUUGAUGAUUUAUUUUGUUUGUAAUUAGUUAUUAUAAGAAGAUCUAGAUCCUAGAUAUUAGAAUAAAAUUUAUUUUCUACUGUAUCCAUUUCAAAUGUUAAAGUAUUGUUUAAUAUUUUUGAAAUCCCUGAAUAUCAGGCCUUGUUAUAAAUAAGCUGCAUAAUCAAUAAAUAGAACAAGGGACUUUUUGUUGAUAAUCCAAAUACUCAAAGUUUACGUAAUGAGAAUUAUAGCGUGUGUGCAAACUCUUGAGGGUUGAUUAUGCUGCAAUUUAGCAUGUUGGAACGUCUAGAGAGAAGGUUGACUUUUUGCACUUCUGUAUAUAGUCAAAAGAGAGAAACCUGUAUAAUAGUAAGAUCUUAUUUUGAAUAAAAACGUCUAUAAUUACAAGGAGUUUUGUUAAGGCUAAUAAAAUGACAGACUGAGCAAAAUUGCUUGCAAAAGUGGCACAGAGUUAGCACUCCAUAUCCCUUCAAACAUGUUGCUUUGCUUUAUUGUGGACAGCUUGUAGUUUGCCAGGAUUUUUUCAGCUGGAAAGAUAUGCCAUCCUUCCGAGAUCUCAUGACUGACAAAAACUCCAUUGGGCCAAAUCUGCCUGAAGAUCAUUACCAAAAAUAGCAGGUACUUCAACCAUUAAGGUGAAAUCAUGGAUCAGAUAUUCCGUACAUUUUUCAAAACUACUGCAUGUUUAAAACUUCAACGAAAAAAAACAACAACAAGAGAGAAAGAACUAUACUAAGGACAUAUAUUAUACAAAUCAGUUUCUGCCAAUUUCAGUGGUUUAUUGUUCACACACACACAAAAAAGAAAUCUUCAAAACAAGUAUUGACUUUCACAAAAUUUAAACCAUAAGCAGGCAAACCAAACAAUACACCGUAGCCAUGGUUAUGUGAUUGUUUCUUAAUUGCCGUAGGAUCCUGUUCUUUCAGCAGGUGAAAAGUAAAACACAGUUCAAAUUUCACGGUUUUAAUUUUCAACUCAGAAGCACUCAAAAAAGCAAAUGUGAUAAUGGGCACUUGUUUAAUGAAUUUGUGUAUCCAGCCUUCACUCCAGCUGGUUAUCAUGUUGCACUUAUCAGCAACCCUCCCGCUUUCAUCUGCUGAAAGGACAGAUGUGCUUGGUUUUACUAUUAUGUAAUCACAACUUACUUUCUGCUUGUAGUUGCUUAAAAUUAUGUAUUUUGUCUUGGGCUGCAAUUUGUUUUAUGCUUAUUUUAUUAUUACUGCAGUAGUUGACUUUGCUGUAUGGAAAAAUAAAGUGAAAUUGCCCUAAUAAAACUUCUCUUUCUUAAGUAUA